UAGCAGUGGGCUUGGGCCGUUACACACAUUGUGCAUGGUCUACCCCAAAGCUCACCCCCAUCAAUUGUAGCUUGUAGGAAGGCUUCGCCCUGCUCAACUCAAAUUUUCCAAGACCUUACCAUCUUGGAGGUUCUUCGAAGUUUGUUAUCCUCGCAAUGAGUUAUGAAUGUUCAAGCCAGCGUGCAUACAUGUAGACUAAUUCAAUGGGACAACCAUCUGAGUCUACUACAUUUGAUUGUCGAGAUAACUUGUAGCCAUGCUUGAACUCAUUCGUUUUUUUAAGUUUUUUACUAUUUGUAUGGGAUUUUGUUGAUCUCUUGACCUCUAGGCAAACCUAUGGUGAUUUUGUGAACUGAACUUGAGUGAACACAUGGAGGACAAGUGUGCAAUCAAGACUGAUGCCACUGAACUAAUUGGUAAUACCCCCAUGGUGUAUCUCAACAAAAUUGUAGAUGGCUGCUUUGCCAAGAUUGCUGCCAAACUAGAGUCAAUGGAGCCUUGCUCGAGUGUCAAAGACCGAAUCGCUCUCAGUAUGAUACAAGACGCGGAGGAUAAGGGCCUCAUAUCACCAGGGAAGAGUGUACUUAUCGAGACUACAGCGGGAAACACCGGCAUUGGACUGGCAUGGAUUGCAGCAAUCAAGGGCUACAGACUCAUUCUCAUAAUGCCAGCUUUCUUCAGCAUGGAGAGAAGAAUUCUGCUACUCAGUUUUGGAGCCGAGUUGCAUAUCACCAACCCAGAAAUGAGUGUUGAUGCAGUUAUAAAGAUGGCUGAGGAUCGCGAAAAAUCCACACCCAAUGGAUAUUUUCUGAGGCAGUUUGACAAUCCUGCCAAUGCAAAGAUUCACUACGAAACAACUGGGGUGGAGAUAUGGAAAGAUUCAAAUGGAAAAGUCGACGCGCUCGUGGCUGGGAUUGGGACGGGGGGGACACUAACUGGUGCAGGGAAGUUCCUCAAGGAGCAGAACCCAAAAAUCAAGGUAUAUGGAAUAGAACCAGUUGAAAGUGCAGUGUUGAGUGGAGGACAACCUGGUCACCAUCUCAUACAAGGAAUUGGUGCUGGUUUCAUCCCGUCGAUUCUCAACAUCAAAUUGAUCGACGAGGUUAUUCAGAUAUCAACUGAGGAAGCCAUUGAAACUGCAAAGCUACUUGCUUCAAAAGAAGGCCUUUUGGUCGGCUUUUCGUCCGGUGCUGCUGCAGCUGCUGCAAUCAAGAUCGCAAAGCGACCCGAAAACGAAGGAAAACUGAUUGUUGUGAUAUUUCCGAGCUUCGGCGAGCGGUAUCUAUCGACUUCACUCUUCGACUCAGCUAGGCAGGAGGCAGUAAACAUGGCAUACAGUUAAACAAACAAAGAGAUCAGGAAACUAUUUAUUAAUUUGCUGUCUAGAUUUGAAAGUAGAAUAAGUUGAGAACAUAAAAGCUUCCUGUUUGCAGACGAGUCAAGUGGACAAUGUUAUGUACAUUUUCAUGGUUUGUUCAUACAUGACAUAGGAAAGAACAAAAUGCUAUUCGAGGUUAUUGAGAGGCGUAUGUCCAAAAGCUUACUAUUUGAUCGAGUGAUCGUUAGUUCGUUAUUUACUCGGGAGAAGCCAUAAAGAGUUGUAUUUUGAGACGAAAUUCAUUCCGAAACAGUUGAUUCGUUUUUUUUUUUUUUU